AUGUUUAUUUGUAUUAAUUUCAAUUACAUACUUUUUGUUGAUAGCGCUGGUGAUGUCUCAGUGACAAUUUUACCAUUAUUUAUUAUUGUCGGGAUAACAAUGAUUAAAGAUGGUCUUGAAGAUAUACUUCGUCAUCGAACAGAUAAACAAUUAAAUUCUGUUGAAAUUCAAGUACUCAAUUUCGAUUUUAAUAAACAACAUAUUCAAUGGAUUAUUAAACGAGCUCAAUCUUUAUCUGUCGGUGAUGUAAUACUCUGUAAAAUAAAUCAAGUAUUUCCAUGUGAUAUACUUCUACUAGCGUCUAGUAAUCCAACUGGACAAGUUUGUAUUACUACAGCUAAUUUAGAUGGUGAAAGUAAUACAAAAAAGUAUUAUACAAUUCCUAGAAUGCAAACAAUCUAUUCAAAGUAUAUAAAUAAUCAGUUAAUUGAAAAGAAUUUAAAACAUCAUAGUUUUGAGCAUAAUGUAGAACAAUUAUACUUAAAAGUUAAUUGUCAACAACCUAAUGAACAGUUAUACACUUUUGAAGGUCGUUAUACAAGUAAACAUUCAAAUGAUACUAAUCUACCAUUGGUUAUUACAAAUUUAGCAUUACGUGGAGCAAGAUUAAUUUCAACAGAAUAUGUAAUUGGUAUGGUUUUAUACACUGGAAAAGAUACUAAAUUAUCGUUGAACAGUAAACAAGCUAAGCGUAAAUAUAGUUCAAGAGAAGGUUUAUCUAAUAUGAUAUUACUUAUUUUUAUGGUAUUAAUGCUUGGUCUCACUAUAAUUCUAUCUAUUCUAUCUACUAUAUGGAUUAAAAAUAAUUCUUUGAAUAUAUGGUAUGUAACAUUUGAAGAAUUAACUGCUUGGCAGUUUAUUCGAACUAUUUUUCGUUUUCUUUUCAUUAUAAAUUAUUUAAUUCCAAUAUCAAUUAUAGUGACAAUUGAAUUUCAACAAUUAUUACUUGCUUUCAAUAUAUCAAAUGAUAUUGAAAUGUAUAAUUCAUAUGAUGAUAUACGUAGUCGAGCAAAUAAUGCACAAUUAGCGGAUGAAUUAGGUCAAGUUGAAUUUUUAUUCAGUGAUAAAACAGGCACUCUAACACAAAAUCAAAUGAUACUACGUUCUUGUUGUAUAUUGGACAAUGAACAAGUGUAUAAAUGUGAUGAUAGUUAUUAUAUGAAUAAUAAAACCGCGGGAAAUGCAUUUAAAACAAAUAAAGAUGAAGUAUUACAAGUGUAUAGUAGUUCAUCUGAAUCAGAUGAUGAUAAUGAAAGUCUUGAAAAUAAAAAUCACAAACAUGAUACAAUGAUACCUAAAAGAAAUAAAACAAAAGUUAAUUACAAUAUUACACAUCCUAAAAUACCGGCUCUCUGUCAUACAGUCGACUUGGAUAGCAGUAAAAUAACAAUCAGCCAGAACUAUGAAGGUGAUAUCAGUAAUGAUAUUGAUGAAAGUUAUACGGGAGACCGAAAUGAGCCUAUGAAAAAUAUUAAUAAAAAAUUGAUUUGA